AUGGAAAUAUUUUCAUCAAGCUCGUUGAGUGGAAGCUCCAAAAGAUAUCGCCGUAAGUCCAGCCCGACGGGAUACAACGCAACAUUCGAAGCACGUCGUAAGAGCAUGAAGACAGUAACGCUAGGAGGUAGUCCCAAGCGGAGUUGGAGGAUGAAAAGUGUGCCAAAAUUGAAGUUUAAGUUAAUAUUAUCGUCGCCUAUGAGGCUAUGGAGGAAACUAAAGAACCGGUACAUGAACUUGAUGCUUAAUAUCGGAAGCUCGAGUUCUGCAAAUGGUUUCGGAGAGAAAAGAGUACCAAAGGCUCGUCAAUCUUCUAGGGUUAGUAGCAGUAAUACUGAGUUCGAUAAUAGGCUCGUUUUCGAAAUUUACAAGUCCUUGGUCACUUCUCAUGAACUGGCUACUAAUUGA